CCAUUUGGAGUUCUAGAUCUUCUACUUUGGUUUUGUCCUCUUCUUGAGGAGGUAGAUCUCACGGGAUGCAAGUGUCUGCGCAGGUCCAAUUUUAACAAGAGCCCGCGUCAUUGCAGAGUAAUUGACUACUUAAAUCCUUCGUAUAUUUUAAAUUCCAAUAAUGCUGUUGAAAAAAUUCGUAGCAUGCUCAGUCGUGAUCAUUUAUCAGUUUCAUUGCAUUCAAAUGGCUGGACUCUCCUUCACAGUGCAGUUCUGCUCGGAAGCCAAGAGUUGGUAAAAUCGUGCUUUGCACAUUACGAAUUUAUUGGUGACAAUAUCUACCUCGAAAGCGUACAUUUUCAAACGUCGCUAGAGCUUGCCAUUGCUCUCCACCGCUGCGAUAUUCUGGAGCUGUUCAAAGAGAAAAUCCACCAUUUCGAUAACACGACUCCACGGCUGUUCCUCGAACUCUGCUUUUUGCCACAACAUGGUAUCAGAGCUUUUGACCACCCUGUUGAAAUUUUAACUUCGAACAAAGAUACAUUGAGAAUAACUAGGAAUUUACACGCUAUUCAGGACUGCAGUCUGACAAGACUUUUGCAGAUAUGUUUGUGGGAACUAGACAUUGACUUUAAAAAAGAAAUUUUAGAAACGCUUAUAAGGCACCUGGAAGAAUUUACGGGACCAGAUUCUCAUCCAGCAAUUCCCUGCUGGAAUAAUAAAGAAGUUUGUGAAGCAGUAAAGAUUUUGUUCAGAGAAACUGGAUGUUCUGUUAACGGGAAAGUAGAAGGAUUUCCAUACCUCAUGCUUUCCAUGCCAAAUGUGCAACUAGUAGAAUUUUUUAUUCAGGAAGGAGUCCAAGUGGACGGAAAAGAUCAGCAAGGACACACGUGUCUUUUUCACGCUGUAGAAAAAGCGACAGGGAGUGAUUCACCUGAGAGCUGGUACAUGUUCAUCAAUUUCUUGCUUCAAAGCAAAGCUAACCCUAAUGAAAGAGACAACUUAAGUGAGACUCCCCUUUUGUACAGUUUGUCCUUCCGACGUUCCUUAUGUUAUUUUAACUCCAGUGGUUGGUCUGAUGUGCCUUACCAAGCAUAUGACGAUGAUUCCGGGACUCGAGUUGUAAAAAUCUGGCGUCUUCUUUUGGAGGCUAAAGCAAGACCUAACGUCAAAGACGAAAAGGACAGGUCUCUUCUGCAUGUUCUUCUAUCCCUUUUACAAACUGGCUGUCUAAGAUCAUCCGAGGGGCUUGAGAUAGUUUGCAAUGGCAUUGCCAUCCUGCAAGAGUAUGGACUGGAAAUAAAUUCCAGGGAUGCUAAAGGGAACACAGCUUUACAUUUGUGGGCAAUCCUGAUGCGCGCAGCAAUCAGUGAUGAAACGAUUAAAAUUGGGUCCGAAAUCGUCUCCCAUGGUGGAGAUGUCAAUUCAAGAAACGACAAAGGAGACACGCCUUUCCACUUAUUAAUGAAGGAACCUUUUCUGCGAGAUGACUUGGUUGAACCAGAUUUAUGGAGCAGAAUUCUAGCCCUUGGAAUGAAUCCUUGGAUUGCAAACUGUGAUGGGAAGUGCCCAUUUGAAGUCCUU